AGUCUGUCCGCAGCGCGCGUAUCGGGCGCACGUCGCGCUAGCCGGUGAUGAAUCGAACGCGAACAUGACCGACGAAUUGGAAAAAUCAUCGACGGAAAACGUCACGGUGGUGACGGGAAACUUCCCGACCGUAUCGAGCCUGAAAUCUGAAGACUCCACGGAGCAGCUGAUAUGCAAGACGCCGCAGAAACUGCCGAAGAAGAAGAAAAGUUGUAAAAGUGUCAGUUCCAAGAGUGUCGAGGCCGGUAGUGAUGACGGUGGGCCGAGGCGUGUGGUGGUGUUCCUGGGGUUGUCGCAGGUGGUCUUGGGCGCGCUGCUAGUAGGCGCGGGCGCCUUGGCCGUAGUCAAGGGAGCUUCGCUGUCGCGGGUCGGCGCCGGGCUGUGGUCGGGCUGUGUUGCCGUCGUCGCUGGAGUGGUUGGAGUUUUGGCUGGGAUAAAUGACUGUUAUGGAUUGAAUAAUUCCUCUGGUGGCUUGUUGACGGCGUUCCUGGCGCUGUCGCUGCUAUGCCUGGCGUGUGGAAACAGCGCCGCCGUGCUGGCUGCCACCGGUCUGCAGCGCGACUCGCUGCGGCAACCUGAACCGCUCACCAGUUUUGAGGAUGAAAUGCAAGCAUGGACUCCAGUGCUGGCUAACAUCGCGCUGCUCAUAAUCGCCUCAGUUCACUGCCUGGUCUGCAUCGUCUCCAUCUACCAUCUCUCUAAGAGAAUUUGUCCCUGCUUCCGUCCGAAGCAGGCCUUCGACCACAACCAGUUCGACCCGGCCUUUAAGCCGGUUCAGCCUUGUGUCUUCCACGUGGACGAGAUCAAGAAGGCCCAAGAGGCGGAGAAGAUUAGAGGACAUGAACUCUGUAAGGAGUUGGAGGCGAAGUUGCAAGGGGAGACGCUGAAAAAGAAAAAGGAGGAACCUGAAUUCGGAAGUGCUAACAGUAAAGAAAAACUGGUGACAAAGUGGCUCGGCCGUCACCACACCGUGACGACUGCCGUCCGACCUCCCAGGAGCAAAGGCGUUAGGAAACCAAGGAAACCUCCACCAGGAACGAUGAUGCUCGUUCCAGCACAUCCAGCGAGCACGCUCGGACGGGUUCCCGUGAGCAUGAUGGUACCUCAGAGGUAUGCGACACUGCCGCUACCGCCGGCGCCCUACGCGCCUCCCCUUUACUAUCCCGUGCCAGAUGCGCGAGUACGGCGACGUCGCUCUCCCCGCGCGGUGCGCACCGAGCGCCGCACGCGUCGCGGCCGCCGAGAGGACGCGCAACUAACUCGGUCCCUGGAGCGCAUCCACCGCAAGCGACGCGCUGACAGAGAGCAUCCAUCCCUGGACGACUUGAAGAGAACUUACACAGGAUUGGAUAGAGCGUACGCGGAGCAGUUCAUCGCAGUGUGUGACGAGAGCCGGCACGCGGCGGAGCAGCACGACUCGCUUGCGAGCACAGCCACCGACUCCUCACACUCGCACCACUCGCACUAGCACAUACACACAGACACACAAACGUGACUCACACAAUCUUCUAUCUACGUAAUCGUGCUAUCAACUAGAGCUGCCAGAACGUUUGACAUGACCAGGAAUUUGGUACUAUUGCUUGAUAGCAACAAAAACAUAUU